AUGACACUCACAGAAUCAAAUGCAUUUGUUUCUAUGGCAUCAAGUGCCGACCAAGAUUAUCCAGCAAGUAAUAUUCUUGAUUCAAGUGAAAAAGUAUUUUGGAUGACAACAGGUUUGUAUCCUCAAGAAUUUAUUAUCACAUUCAAAGAACCAAUUGAAUUUCGUCAUAUACGUUUCGUAACAAGUAAUGUCAAACGGUUUGUUAUGUUUACAACUAGUAAUCAAGAACCAAAAAAUUUCGAAACAAUUUUUGAAAAAACUUUACCUAACAAUGAGAAUAAUCUUCAAAUAACUGACUAUACAUUAGAUCGUUCAAUUGAUGUUCGUCAUUUUAAAUGUGUUAUUUUAGCUGGUUAUGAUAGUUUUUCAAGUGUACAUUCACUUAAAUUUGAUGCUGAAAAUUCUCGAAUGGGGAAAAAAUAUUAA